CUGACAGCCCCAGCCCUGCUGGCUCUCCCGAUUCCUGUUGCUGUCCCAGAGCAAAGUUCCGUGGGGCAGAACGUUCCCUGGGAAAGAUGGCUGAGAAUUCGAUCUUGCUGGCUGCUGUGUCCGUCCUCUCCGUCUGUCAGCAAGGUUAUUUUGCUGCGCAGGUAGGAAAAGCAAGAUUGAAAUACAAGGUCACGCCCCCGGCAGUCUUUGGGUCCCCGGAGUUUGAGAGAAUAUUUCGUGCACAACAAAACUGUGUGGAGUUUUACCCCAUAUUCUUACUGACACUGUGGAUGGCCGGAUGGUACUUCAACCAAGUUUUUGCUACUUGUCUGGGUCUGGUAUACAUAUAUGCCCGUUUCCAGUAUUUCUGGGGAUAUUCAGAAGCUGCUAAAAAAAGGAUCAUGGGCUUCCGAGUGAGCCUUGGGAUUUUGGCCUUGUUGACCCUCCUCGGCACCUUGGGGAUUGCAAACCGCUUUCUGGAUGAGUACCUGGACCUCAAUUUCGCCAAGAAACUGAGGCACUCCUAACUCUGCCCCUCCACUCCCCUUUGCUGAAAUGCUUGCAGGAGGUAUUUCCACGCUGGAGGCUAUAUGGUAUCACUUGUUCAAUUAAAACAAACUCAAAG